AUGAGCUGGUAUCAUGACGACAGCGCUGGUUCGCAGUAUACAUUCGAUGACGAAUUUGCGGAUGUAAACAUGGGCGCGUACCAAAAUGUGGCUUCGCACUCAUAUAAUCAGCAGCCACAAAGACAGUGCCAACACUACCCUGCCACAUGCCAACCACACUCUACAGCAUACAAAAACCACGAUCCUGGUCAAACGUUAGCACAAGGGCUGACUUCUCAGCAAUUCGGCCAAUAUCAGCACAUGUCGGCCAUAAGUUCUUCGUCUGGAGGCAGCAACUUCCGAUCUUCGGGUAAUAGCACGUUUUCGCAAUGGCCAAUUCGAGACUCCAUGGCCUCGACCACAUCAAGUUGGUCCUAUGCCUCGGACGCAUCUCGAGAUCAAUACAUAUCCGAAGCAGAGUACGCGUUGAGUCAUGGGCCUUCAGCCCGUCAAAAGCUUCUCCCCAAUACAAGAAAGCGCCCCAUAUCACCUUCACCAAGAAGAAGAUCAGCUCAACGACAGAUAAUACACGAAAGGGACUAUUUCAAAACCUGUGUAUCUACAAACAAGCAAAGUCGACCUUGCAGCAAGGAACACAAGUACUUUUGCACGAUUUGCGAGAAGACAUUUGUUUCCAAGGCAGACUGGAAGCGACACGAGGAGACGUAUCAGGAGCGAACAGAACAAUUUUCAUGCGACAAUUGCCCGGCGAUAUAUUUCUUGGACAAAGAUUUUGCCGCACAUCACAUAAAGUCACAUCAAUGCGCCACUUGCGCUGACAGCAUCAAGUGUUCGUUGAAGCGACACGUACAGCAAGCAAAACAACAACGGCAUGCCCGAACGGGUUGGGGCUGUGGCUUCUGCACUCAUUUCAGUGACGACUGGACCGAGAGGUGUAAUCACGUUGCCCAGCACAUCGAGAAAGAAGGCAAAACCCUAUCCAACUGGUAUCACAGCAAAGUCAUCUACUCUCUACUGCAGCGACCAGCAAUCCAAAAAGAGUGGAAUAAGCUCCUCGAAAACAGACACGAGCGAGACCUCACCAUUGGUUGGAACCAACGGUCCACAGGACGCACCGAAGGCUACCCAGAAAGUAACCCAACACCACAACUACAGGACUUGCUCGAGUAUUACAGUCCUGGUGAAGACGCAGCAUCGUUGGCGCUGUUGGCUUUUGAUAAACUCAAGUUGCCUCCACCACCAGUGCCUCGCAAGGAUCAUCGAAAGACUUCCCUCGAGCACUUGACAAAUACACUGGAGUCAUGGGCGCAGAUGAUGGAUGGGAUUAUUCCAGAUUCGAAAAUGGCAACAGAUGUAGACUUUCUCGAAGAUCUGCGCGUGGACUUGUAG